AUGGCGCUGUCGAUGUACCAGCUGACAUUUAGUGACAAGGGUAUCGGAAAUCUGUGGGGCCUGGACGCGAGCCAAAAUCUUGUGAGCAACCUUGUCCGCCGAGUUGAUCAGGCGCCCUUCUCACAAGCAGGGAUGCUCGGCUCUGUGACCUUGCGAUGCCACGCACGUCGACCUUCUUGCCUGACAAUCUCGCGGGUCGGUACUUCUGAAGCCGUUCAUGCAUUGAUGUAUACGUACUUCAUGCACCAGGCAUGCAUGUCGGGCGGCUGUCGUCCCCAAGCACCUUUCGAUUCGGUGGCCAGAUCGCCUGGUUUGUUUUUGUCCUGGUGCGAUUGCGUAAAUGGUUGCAUCAAGCCUCGCCACCCAGUAUCGCUUAUUGGCAAUCCAGGACUUUCACCCUCAGCAUGGAGGAACAACCCCUUCACCUUUGCGAAAAGCUUUGUACGCAAUUGGUCACGGGCCAUUAGCCAGGGAUUCAACCCACCUCGUUUACCAAUCCACUACUGUCAUACGCCACCACACGCAAACAAAAAAAAAAUGUCCAUUUCUUUGGUAGAAAGUAUGCCGCACAAUAAUGAGAAGUUGGCCAUGGACAAUGACUUUCAGGCAAGCGGACAUGAGAGGCAUAUGAGUACACCGCAAGUCGCUUGCAUUAGCAGCCCUCCUUGA